AAAAUGGCUGAAAGCAAUAGCAAAAGUGUAGACGUGCGGCCUAAAGCAAGUCGGAGUAGAAGUGCUGACAGGAAAGAUGGUUACGUUUGGAGUGGGAAGAAGUUAUCCUGGUCCAGAAAGAGUGACAGUUCUGAGUCUGAAACGGUCGGUACUGUUGAGAAAACUGAGAUCCCUCUAAGGAGCCAGGAAAGGAAGCUCAGCUGUUCGUCCAUCGAGCUGGACUUAGGUCAUUCCUGUGGGCAUAGAUUUUUAGGCCGAUCCCUUAAACAGAAGCUGCAAGAUGCCGUGGGGCAGUGUUUUCCAUUAAAGAACUGCAGUAGUCGGCACUCUUCAGGGCUUCCUUCUAAAAGGAAAAUGCACAUCAGUGAGCUCAUGUUAGAGAAGUGCCCCUUCCCGCCCCGCUCAGACUUAGCCUUUAGGUGGCAUUUUAUUAAACGACAUACUGUUCCCAUAAGUCCUAAUGCAGAUGGCUGGGAGAGCACAGACUCCUCUGAGAGCACACUGAGGGAUGCUCAGGUAAAACGAAGGAACAUGGACGAAGACACGCCCUGUUUCUCACAUACCAGCGUGCAGCCUUGUGUCCUCACUCCCAACAGUGCAUCGUGUGCAGGUGGUCACAUGACUGGCUCUGUGAUGAACCUGGCCACCAGCAGCAGCAUGGAGGACAGUGACAUGGACUCAGAGGAUGAAAUCAUCACACUGUGCGCAAGCUCCAGAAAAAGAAACAAGCCCAGGUGGGCAGUGGAUGCCGACGCCCUGCAGUUGGAGGCGCCCCCCAGGUUCCACACGCAGAUUGAUUACGUCCACUGCCUGGUUCCAGACCUCCUCCAGCUCAGUAACAACCCGUGCUACUGGGGCGUGAUGGAUAAAUACGCCGCCGAGGCUCUGCUGGAAGGGAAGCCAGAGGGCACCUUUUUACUUCGCGACUCAGCACAGGAGGACUAUUUGUUCUCCGUUAGCUUUAGGCGCUAUAGUCGCUCUCUCCAUGCGAGAAUUGAACAGUGGGACCAUAACUUCAGCUUUGAUGCCCACGAUCCUUGUGUCUUCCAUUCUCCUGACAUUACUGGGCUCCUAGAACAUUAUAAGGACCCAAGUGCCUGUAUGUUCUUUGAACCACUUUUAUCCACUCCGUUGGUCCGGACUUUCCCCUUUUCCUUGCAGCACAUCUGCAGAACAGUUAUUUGUAAUUGUACAACCUACGAUGGCAUCGAGGCCCUUCCAGUUCCGUCUCCCAUGAAAUCGUAUCUGAAGGAGUACCAUUAUAAAUACAAAGUGAGGGGACUCAGGGCUGCUGUGCCGGAGCAGCAGUGACGGGGAGGGUUAGCAAUGUGGACUCGCAGACAUAUUUUCACUUAAUAUUUUAUUUUUCUUAUGCUCUUUGAAGUUUUGUACAAAGGCAGUUGGAAUCCAAAAUAAAACUCUGCCCUAAAUUUUAAUUCCAGAUCAAUUUAUUUUUCUUAUGAUACACUUGUUAUAUAUUUUUAAGCAGGAAUUUGGUUUUUGUUUUUACCAUGUAAAUUCUAUACUUUUUCCCUUAAUUUACAUUUAGUCCAGGCAUAUUUGAAAUUUCGAGACAUUGCAAAUACAUUUGAAUAGUCUGUAUUUUUUUUAAAAUAAUCUGUUCUUUCCUACGUAUAAAAUAUUUUGCUAAUCUGUGCUAUCAGUAUUCUUGUAUGGCAAAAUAGUUACCUAUUCCCUUUUCAUUUAAGGUUGUUCAGUAAAGAUGAGUGUUAUAAUCCAUCCAUUGUACUGAAAUUGACUUUUGUAAUUUGCUGAUAGGAAUGUUAGGCAACAAAGUGGUUUAAAAUGAAACUUAGUGUGUUUUCAUUUGAAUAUUAAGUAAAACAAUUUGUUUGUUUGUUUGUCUAUUAAUCUGGCCAAUAAGAAAAGGAUUGUUUUGUUCUAGAGGUGGAUUUGUUCUGCAGGAUGGCAGAAUCGGCAGUUAAUCCAUAGACAGCAUCCCUCAACCUGGAAGAGGUCAA